AUGGCCCUCAAGACGCUGUCCGCCAAGGCCGCUGCCGCAUUGGAUAAGGAGCUCAUGAGCACCGGCGCUUUUUCUAUCGACCAGCUCAUGGAGCUGGCUGGCCUGUCGGUCUCUCAAGCCGUCUACCGAGUUCAUCCACCAGCUCGAGGCCCCCGCGUCCUAGUCGCCUGUGGCCCCGGGAACAACGGAGGAGACGGACUCGUCGCCGCCCGUCAUCUGAGACACUACGGCUACCUGCCUACCAUCUACUACCCAAAGCGGAGCAAGAAUGAGCUGUAUCAGCGGCUGGCUAAGCAGCUCGAAGACCUCGAGGUCCCUUUUGUAGACGACUUUGGCUCGGCCAUCAAGUCUACGGAUCAUAUCGUCGAUGCCAUCUUCGGUAGGCUUCAGCAUCGCGGAUCGCCGAACAGCGCUGACUGGGUCACAGGCUUCAGCUUCUCGGGCGAGGUCCGCGAACCAUUUCCCUCCGUCAUCAAGGCACUCGAGGAGACGAAGGUUCCUGUCACAUCGGUCGAUGCACCGUCAUCCUGGAACAUUGAGGAAGGACCACCAAAGUCGGGGCUGGGCAGUUCCUUCAUGCCUGAGUAUCUCAUUAGCCUGACUGCUCCUAAGCCCUUGGUGGAGCAUUUCAACGGCAGGCAUUUCAUUGGUGGCCGGUUCGUUACCCCCUCGAUUGCUAAGAAGUACGACUUCGAGAUGCCGGCGUACCAAGGCCUGGACCAAAUCGUGGAGACCGGCCCGACAGGACAGAAGCUCUAA